CGCGGCCGGGGCAGGAGCGGGGGUCCCCCGGGCGGCCGCACCGACGCGCGCCCCGGCGGGCGGAGCGGGGAAUGGCCAGGCCGGCGGAGGAGCGGGCGCGGAGGGAAGCGGCAGGGCCGGGGGGCGAGCCCCGCCGUGUGCCCGGAGAGGAUGCCCCGUGCCCCCGGGAGCCAGGUGCUGGCACCCUGAGCAGAGCAGAGCAGCAGCUUCCUGAAGAGGGGCCUGGGAACCUGGAGCUGCAGAGGACUUCCCCAGGGAGACCGGAGGAGAGGAGCUCCCUGACACCUGAGCCGGGCCAAGUGCAGAGCGGGCAGGGCAGGCCUCCAAAGCAGGAGGAGAGCUCAGAGCUCCAGGAGGUGUUUGAGGACGUGGCCGUGUAUUUCACACAGAGGGAGUGGGAGCUGCUGGAUGAUGACGACAAGGUGCUUUACCGGGACCAGAUGCUGAAGAAUUUCCAAGCCCUCGUUUCUCUGGGAUAUCAGGGUCCUAUACCUGACUUAAUCUGCAGCAUCCAGCAAGGACAAGUGGAGCUCUGGGUCUCUGAUGAGGACGGUCGGGAAAUCUCAAGGUCCGAGAACCUGCUAUCAGGAGGUACCUGGCUGCUGAGCAGAAUUAAGGAGCAGCCUCCUGCGGAAGGGCCUGCCAGCCUAGAGCCAGCACGGACUUCCCUAGGGAGUUUAGGCAAGAUGGUCUCCCUGAGACCUGAGAAGGAGCCAUGGCACAAGAGUCAGGGGAGGCCCCGAAAGCAGAAGGAGAACAGAGCGAUGAACCAGCACCGGUACAUCCACCUGGGGAGGAAGACACACCGCUGCACUGAGUGCAAGAGCUUCAUCUGCCGGCAAAACCUGUCCCAGCACCAGUGUAUACAGAUGGGGGAGCAGCCACACCAUGGCACCAAGCAUGUGAAGAGGUUCAGGUAUUCCUCCAACCUCGUCAGGCACUGGUACCUGCACACAAGGGAGAAGCCACAUCAGUGCUCAGAGUGUGGGAAGAGCUUCACUCACUCCUACAGGCUGGCUGAUCACCAGCGCAUCCACACAGGGGAGAAGCCAUAUCAGUGCUCAGAGUGUGGGAAGAGCUUCACUUAUUCCUCUGGGCUGGCUCAGCACAAGCAUAUCCACAAAGGGGAGAAACCACAUCAGUGCUCGGAGUGUGAGAAGAGCUUCACUUACUACUCCAGGCUGGCUGAGCACCAGCGUAUCCACACAGGGGAGAAGCCAUAUCAAUGUUCGGAGUGUGGGAAGAGCUUCACUCGGUCCUCCAAGCUGGCCUGGCACCAGCGCAUCCACACAGGGGAGAAGCCACAUCAAUGCUCGGAGUGUGGGAAGAGCUUCACUUACUCCUCCACGUUGUCCCAGCACCAGCUCAUCCACACAGGGGAGAAGCCACAUCGAUGCUCAGAGUGUGGGAAGAGCUUCACCUGGUCCUCCAGCCUGGCCCGGCACCAGCUUGUCCACACAGAAGAGAAGCCACAUCAGUGCUCAGAGUGUGGGAAGUGCUUCACUGUCUCCUCCAGCCUGGCUCAGCACCAACGUAUCCACACAGGGAAGAAGACAAAUCAAUGCUUGCAGUGUGGGAAGAGCUUCAACCAGUCCACCGACCUGGCCAAACAUCGUCUUAUCCACAUGGUGGGAAAGCCACAUCAGUGCUUUGAGUGUGGGAAGAGCUUCACUCAGUCCUACAGGUUGGCUGAGCACCAACGUAUCCACACAGGGGAGAAGCCACAUCAGUGUUCAGACUGUGGGAAGAGCUUCACCCGAUCCUCCAGCCUGGCUCGGCACCAGCGUAUCCACACAGGGGAGAAGCUACAUCGGUGCUUAGAGUGUAGGAAGAGCUUCACCUUGUCCUCCGACCUGGCCAAACACCAACUCAUUCACAUGGUGGAAAAGCCACAUCAGUGCUUGGAGUGUGGGAAGAGCUUCACUUACUCCUCCAGGCUGGCUGAGCACCAGCGCAUCCACACAGGAGAGAAGCCAUAUCAGUGCUCAGAGUGUGGGAAGAACUUCACCUAUUCCUCCGGGCUGGCUCAGCACAAGCAUAUCCACAAAGGGGAGAAACCACAUCAGUGCUCAGAGUGUGAGAAGAGCUUCACUUACUACUCCAGGCUGGCUGAGCACCAGCGUGUCCACACAGGGGAGAAGCCAUAUCAAUGCUCAGAGUGUGAUAAGAGCUUUGCUCGGUCCUCCAAGCUGGUCUGGCACCAGCGCGUCCACACAGGGGAGAAGCCACAUCAAUGCUCGGAGUGUGGGAAGAGCUUCACUUACUCAUCCACGUUGUCCCAGCACCAGCUCAUCCACACAGGGGAGAAGCCACAUCGAUGCUUAGAGUGUGGGAGGAGCUUCACUUGGUCCUCCAGCCUGGUCAGGCACCAACUCAUCCACAAAGAAGAGAAGCCACAUCAGUGCUCCAGGUGUGGGAAGUGCUUCACUCUCUCCUCCAGCCUGGCUGAGCACCAGCAUAUCCACACAGGGGAGAAGCCAUAUCGAUGCACGGAGUGCGGGAAGAGCUUCACUCGGUCCUCCAAGCUAACUUGGCACCAGCGCAUCCACACAGGGGAGAAGCCACAUAAGUGCUCGAAGUGUGGAAAGAGCUUCACUCAUUCCUCUAGGCUGGCUGAGCACCAGCGUAUCCACACAGGGGAAAAGCCACAUCGGUGCUUAGAGUGUGGGAAGAGCUUCAAUCAUUCCUCCAGCCUGGCUCGGCACCAGCGUAUCCACACAGGGGAGAAACCACAUCGGUGCUUAGAUUGUGGGAAGAACUUCAAUCAUUCCUCCAGCCUGGCUCGGCACCAGCGCAUCCACACAGGGGAGAAGCCACAUCAGUGCUCAGAGUGUGGGAAGAGCUUCACUCAGUCCUCCAGCCUAGCUCGGCACCAGCGUAUCCACCCAGGGUGGAACCCAUAUCAGUGCUCCAAGUGUGGGAGGAGCUUCACCUACUCCUCCACGUUGGCCCAGCACCAGCUCAUCCACACAGGGGAGAAAUCACAUCGAUGCUCAGUGUGUGGGAAGAGCUUCCCCUGGUCCUCCAGCCUGGCACGGCACCAACUUGUCCACACAGAACAGAAGCCAUAUCAGUGCUCGGAGUGCGGGAAGAGUUUCACCCGAUCCUCAAGCCUGGCUCAGCACCAGCAUAUCCACACAGGGGAGAAGCCAUACACAUGCUCAAAGUGUGGGAAGAGCUUCAUUCACUCCUCUAGCCUGGCUCAGCACCAGCGUAUCCACACAAGGGAAAAACUUAAUCAAUGCUCAGAGUGUGGGAAGAGCUUUACCUGCUUCUCCAGCUUAACCCAGCACCAGCGUAUCCACACAGGAGAGAAGCCACAUCAAUGCACGGAGUGUGGGAAGAGCUUCGCUCAGUCCUCCAGCCUGGCUCAGCACCAUCGUAGUAUCCACACAAGGGAGAAGCCACAUCAGUGCUUAGAGUGCGGGAAGACCUUCACUCAAGCCUCCCGCCUGGCUGAGCACCAGCGCAUCCACACAGGGGAGAAGCCGUAUCAGUGCUCGGAGUGUGGGAAGAGCUUCAGUCGUUCCUUCAGGCUGGCUCAGCACCAGCGCAUCCAUACAGGGGAGAAGCCGUAUCGGUGUUCAGAGUGCGGGAAGAGCUUCACUCAUUCCUCCAGCCUAGCUGAGCACCAGCACAUCCAUACAGGGGACAAGCCAUAUCAGUGCACCGAGUGUGGGAAGAGCUUCACCCAAUCCUCCAUUCUGACCCGGCACCAACGUGUCCACACAGGAGAGAAGCCACAUCAGUGUGCUGAGUGUGGGAAGAGCUUCACCCAGUCCUCCAACCUAACACGGCACCAACGUGUCCACUCAGGGGAGAAACUACAUUAGUGCUCACAGUGUGGGAAGUGCUUCCUCCACUCCUUCAAACUGGCCUUGCACCAGUGCAUGCCUGUCCAGGUGUGUCCAUAGUUCUGCCAGCAAUACAGGAAGGAUUUGAGGAAGUAUACCUGCUCAGCACUCACCAGUGUCUACAUACAGGGAAGCAGUCUCACACUGGUGCAGUGCAGCAACAAUUGACCUUUCAUUCAGCCUUUCUAGGACACUGCAGAGCCCAAAGGACACAGAGGCUGACCUCUCAGGUUUGCUGAGGGGUUGGGGUUAAAUGGAAACACCGCAGGCAGAGGGCAGCCCUGAUGCUGGGGGACCUGUGAAGAGAUGAUCUUCACAUCAGCCUUGGAGCCUGUGUCAUCCUCAUUGUUCUCUAAAAGUAGUCAGUGCUUCCAGGCAGAGAAGAAUUGCCUUCAAAAUAGGAUGCUCUUCCCAACUGGAUCCAAAUGACAUCUGGUGACUUUCUUUGGCCAAAUCCCAGCUUUGUCCUCCCUCUUGGUCCCAGGGUUUGGUAUGUUAGGUUCUUGAGUUGCAGGAAGGAAGACACUGAUGUCUGGGGAAGCAUUCCUUGCUUCUAAGCAACCCUGACCUUGCCUUUCCUUCCCAGCACAUCUCCCCUCUCCCAGGCCUGCAUAUUCACAUCGGAGUCUGCAAGAAGCCUCUUCUGCCACCCCGUGAGCCCAGUGUGGUGGAUUUUGCUGCUCAGCCCCUUGUCAGAGCUUUGCGACACCAGGUGCCAGCUGCCCCCUCCUCUCCUUCAUAGACUCGUAGAAAAUUAGGGGUAGAAGGGCCUCCGGAAGUCAUCUAGUCCAACUGCCUGCUCCAAGCGGGACCAUCCCCAACUAGAUUAUCCCAGCCAAGGAUGGAGAUUGUAUAACCUCUCUCUGAGUUACCUCUUCCAGUGUUUUAAUACCCUCAUAGUGUAACACAUUCUUCCUAACAUUUAAGCUAAACUUCCCUUCCUGCAAGUUGAGACCAUUGCUCCUUGUUCUAUCAUCUAGCUCCACUGAGAACAAUCUAGUGCUAUCCUCUGUUGAACCCCACUUCAGGUACUUGAUGGCAGCUAUUAUGUCCUCUCUCAGUCUCCUUUUCUCCAGACUAAAUAAGCUCAGUUCCUUCACGCUGUCCUCACAAGUCAUGUCCCCCAGGACCCUCAAUAUUUUUGUUGCCUUGUGCUGGACUCUCCAGUUUGUCCACAUCCUUUCUGCAGGAGGGGGCCCGAAACAACACAGGACUCCAAAUGUGGCCUCACCAGUGCUGAAUAGAGGGGAAUAAAUGACCUACUGGCAACACAGCCACCAGUGCAGCCCAGGAUGCCGUUAGCCUUCUUGACAACAAAGGCACACUGCUGGCUCAUAUUCAGCUUCUUGUCCCCUGUCACCCCCAGGUCCUUUUCUGUAGAGCUGCUGCCCAGCUAGUCCCUCCCAGCCUGCACUGGUGCAUGGGAUUCUUCCAUCCUAAGUGCAGGACUCUGCCCUUGUCCUUGCUGAACCUCAUGAGAUUUCUUUCAGCCCAAUUCUCUAAUUUGUCGAGGUCACUCUGAAUCCUCACCCUACCCUCCAGCAUAUCAACUACUCCCCCAUCUUGGUGACAGAUUCCUUGUUACUCAAGCCCCACAACUUAACGUGAUAUCCUUGUGGUUGGUCUCUCUCUCCUCUCCAGAGCUGUGAAUUGGGAACAGAUCAGGGCAGAUCUCUUAUUUCCUAGCUCCUUCCCUUUCCAUAAAUUCACCUCAAUUCCGGGGUUGUUGCUCACCCUCAGGAGCAGGAGCUGGUCACCCUUGAGGCAUUACACCCAUGUCCUAUGCAACAAGGACCCUGCCCUUUUGAAUGAACUUCUGGCUAGAAGGAAAUACGGUCUCAUUUCUGGGUUAAAUGCAAUAGUAGGGGUAAAGGAGGUGCAGCCUGUGACAAGUUCUGCCUCUUCUGUGGAAGGGUGGGGAAAGAAGGAAGGCACCCAUCGUGUGGGUGAAAUGCAGCACGUUGUAAUUUCCCAUUGGGAAUACUGAGGCUUCCCUGCUAGUGCCAAAGCCAUUUGGCUCCAUGAGUGUCCUGUAGGGGCUACUCCAACAGGUUCCUGAAGAAAAAGGCCCUGGAGGUUGCAGUGGACUAUACACUGAAUAUGAGCCAGCAGUGUGUCCUUGUUGCCAAGAAGACUAAUGAGAUCCUGGGCUGCAUGGGUGCAUGUGUUGCCAGUAGGUCAAGGGAAGUGAUUCCUACCCUCUGUUCAGCACUGGGGAGGCCACAUCUGGAGUCCUGUGUCCAGUUUUGGGCCACCACUACAGAAAGGAUUCAUAGAUGCUAGGGUCGGAAGGGACCUCAAUAGAUCAUCGAGUCCAACCCGCUGCAUAGGCAGGAAAGAGUGCUGUGUCUAGAUGACCCCAGCCAGAUGCCUAUCUAACCUCCUUUCGAAGACCCCCAGGGUAGGGGAGAGCACCACCUCCCUUGGGAGCCCGUUCCAGACCUUGGCCACUCUAACACUGAAGAAGUUCUUCCUAAUGUGUAGUCUAAAUCUGCUCUCCGCUAGCUUGUGGCUAUUAUUUCUUGUAACCCCCGGGGGUGCCUUGGUGAAUAAAACCUAACCAAUUCC